AUCAUAACAACUUAUGGCAACUUAUUACAGAACAAUUAUUUAUAAUCUGUAAAAAGGAAGAGAAAACAAAAAAUGAAGACGUAUUAAAAUAGUACUGAAAUUUUUAAUAUAAGUUUAAUAAAUGUUGAUAUAGAAUAUUAGAAAAAUGGGAAUGGAAUCAAAAACUACAAGCAAAACAAGUUCUUUAAAAGCCCUACUUAUCAAAGCUUGGAGGGAACGAUGGACUGACUUACAAUGGGGUAUAAACAUAAAAACGGUAUUACCAAGGGGAGUUAGUGGUGAUGUUUACAAUCUGGCUGAUUGUAUACUACAACAAGCAGUUGUCGGUGAUGGUGCAAAUCAGCUAGUCUUAAGUUAUCUUCAACAUUCUCUAAGCGCCCAGUUAGUCUCUCAUGCUGCAGUAUUGCUUAGAUUAAGUAAAUACAACCAAUGGUCAAGGGUGCAUUGUAUAUAUGAUCUGUUGGAGUUUCUUAAAGGAAUGUUACCAGGAAUUACAUGCUGUGGAAAACCAGAAGAAACAGUGUUAGCUACUGCUAUACUUUCUACAGCUCUGUGGCUAGUGAAUAUUCUGCACCACUGCAAAACUGACCCAGAGUUAAUUCAAAAAGCAAGCACUCUAUUACAGACCUUGAUGACUGAUGAUUUUUAUGUGUCAAUGAUGUGUUUGGCUAGAUAUAAUGAUCCGGAAUUGUUUACGGAAACUGUAAAAAACUGUGCAGAGUUAUUAGCAACAGAUCAUGUAUCAGAAGAUAUAAAGUAUGUAAGAAAACUAGAAAACAUUGAUAUAAGCAUGUUAUGUUUACCCACCAUAAAUGAAGAUUGGCCUGGUUCUUUAAUUCAGUACUGGCUAAUUGUCAAAUUAACUGGAAAUCCUUGUGCCACAACAAGUGCACUUGUUCAACAGUUGAAAAUAUUUCAAAACCUAAAAGGCUACAGCAACACUAGAUUAUAUGCUGAGCUGAUAAGAGGUAGUUUCAUAUCACUGUACAAUGUAACCACAACACCUCAAGAAGGAUACUGGGGUGCUGUUGCAUUCCUUAAAGUUCCAUACAUUCUUAAAGAAUUGGCAGGGAAAUCAGAUGGAAGUAGUAUUGUUCAUGCUAUGGAAUUGAUGUUGCAACAUACACCACUAUUAGAUGCUAUGGACUCAAUAUUUAUGUUGUCCAGUCUCAAAUGUUUUUUGGAAGAACUUAUUAAGACAAGACUAAUCAGUGAACCUCAAGUACGGCAUAUACUGGAGAAGAGGGACAAUUCCAUGGAGAGGGAAGGAAAUAAAGGGAUACCUAAUGUUAUUAAAUGUGCAGAAUCAUCCUUAAGUGGUAUUCUUAAAACGUUUUCUACAGACUAUCAAAAAAAUCAGGAUGCGCUAUUGAGUAUGCUUCACCAGGUGAUAACAGGAAAAAGUUUGGAAUUGAUUCUGGCUGUUGCCACUGUCCAAGGGCAAAUUACACAUCUGGUGAACCAAUUAAUCACAUUUAAUAAGAGAUCAGUAAAAGUGAAUGAUGAUAAAAGAAAGGCACUUUUAUUUGACAACACCUUUAUUAUGUUAGUGUCCAUUCUUCAAAAAUACGGGCUGGACGUUUUAUCGAAAAGCAGCGGAGAUUCUUUGUUUGAACAAUGGUUCCAUAAUUGUAUGGUGGAAAAACAACGUCCCAAAGCGUCUGAACAACUACUAAGAUUGGGAAAUGAUGACAUUAUUGAUACAUUGCUUAAACAAUUCAAUAGUGGAGAUGUAAACUUUACAUGUUCCAUGCAAGAUAUUCUAUUUAAUAUUGGAGGUGUAAUGCAUGAGGUACUUGUUGCGUGGGAACAAGGAGCACUGGAUCCCUCGGACGUAAAACGUAUUCUGGAUGCAGUCAGAGGAAAAAUGUGCUGUUUACCAGUGGCCGCCGCAGCUUGGUUAUGUGCAUACAUAAGAACGGCACCAAAGGAGACAUUACUCAAACCAAUGAAUAUGAUACAACAGUUGCUUGCUGCUCCAGUUGUAGAUGAGGAAUGUUUCCAAGACAGGUGGGUGCUGACCUGCGAUAUCAUUCGUAAAAUGCAACGAGACGUCCAACUAGCGCUUCAAACAAGAAGUAAUCACCAAUUAGUCUCCAAACUGCCUGCCACUGAACAACUACAUCAGGUUUGGAAAUAUGGUAUUCAAAGGGGUUGGUUGGAUUCCGAUUCUGGACGUACGGUACACUGUCUGCUCGAUACUGCGGGACCACGAUGGCUUGUUUCGGCCGUAAUUCAGGAGUUACUGAAGCUACCUUACAGGGACCAAUUACAAAGAGGCGUGGAUCUUGCUCUCGCUAUAUUUCACGUCGAUAUCGUUGGUUGUACAAUGCAAAUGUUGUCUCACGUGCUACCGCAACUUCUUUUCAAUAACCUCCAAGCGGAUUCGCUUAAGCAGCCGCAACUUCCAUCGUUGGCUCAUUUAACAAGUUAUUGUGUUUAUACUGCCUGGGAUUCCGUCGCUGAUGAUGCUGACGAACCAAUCCCCAAGAAGUCAAGGAUUGGUGACAUGGAAGAUACUCUGCCUGCGGAACAAUUACUUUCCUCCCUAAGACAAUUACUCCUCAUGCUUGAACAUGGUAUUCCAGAAGGCUUAAUUACUCAGCAGACCUUCUUUGCUUUUUAUUUAAUAAAGGCACUGGUAGAACAUAAAACAAAUUCAGCACGGCACGUUUUAGAGACCAUCCCUCCAGCUUUAACCUCAGAUUUAUUAAAGACUUUGCCAAAUAGCUUUAGUUAUCCUUUGUUACUGCAUCUACAUUAUGUAUAUACUUCUUCUGGAAGGAUAAAUAUGGCAAAAGAUUUAUGUGUACUUAGGAAUUACGACUUAAGACAUAAUAAUGCAUUAUCUUAAGAGAUGUACAUUAAUGCUAUCAUUUUAUUUUGUUUACAUGUAAUAAUAUAUGUAUAUUAAAAAUGAAUUUAU